AUGUCACAAUUCAAUCAAUAAUAGAAUCAGAUUGCAAUCUGUUAAUAAUGCGGCGCAAAAUAUAGAAGAGGAACAACUCACAACUGUGUAGCACAGAUCAGAGAAGAAUAUGACUUAAAAUUCUAGUAGUAGGAUUAAAAACUAAAUGAUCUGCAAAAUCUUUAUAAUCAGCUCUAAUAGAAUCUGAAUAGAGUUAGCAAUGAGCCAAGGCCUGGAUCUGGCUAUGGAGCGUUAAAUUAAGGAAAUUUUGGAAUAAUUCCAGACCAAUAAUAAUUAACGUCAUAGAUCAAAUUUCAUGAAAGUAAGAUAGACUGGAUUAUAGAUGAAGUUAAAGAAAAAUUCAAAAGCACUGAGAAUAGAAUUUAUGCUAUGAAUAAGGAAAUAGGAGCUCUCUAAUCAAAUAGAUGCUGUGUCCAUUGUAAUAUGGAACCUAGAAUUUAAAAAAUUAUAAGUCCCAAUGAAUAGUUAUUUGAAAACUAAUGGGGAUAUGCUAAACCUAAUGAUAAUAAUAUGGGGAAUUAUUUCCAUCAACAACAACAGCAACAGCAUCCCAAUAACAAUUUUAAACGAUAGGAAAGACAAUAAGAUUAGAAUUAUCGAGAAAAAAGUCCAAAUUUAUUAAGAUAAGAUAUAGGGCAACAAAAUUUUAAUGAAAGAGUUCCUAUUAACAGAUAACCAAUUAAUAACUAUGAUGUAUAAGGUAGAUUAUUACAUAAAUCUCGAGACACAUCAAUGGAUAAUAGACCAGCAUUUUAAACAAAAUAGAACAGUUUUUCUGGUUUUCCUGAAGAUUAAGUCACUCCUGGCGUAUACUAUGAUCAUCAGAAAAAAAAUGCAAGUUCAGAGUUCUUACAAGACCCUCCUAUUUUUAAUUAAAUCUAGCAGCAACAACCAAUUUAAAAUCGAAACUAGCAAUAGCAGAGACAACCUUUACAGUAUUAGUAAAACUAACAGCAACCGCUAUUUGAUUCUUCAAUAUUUGGUCAAGAAAACCCAAAUCUACCUCACUUUAAUCAGCAAAAUAAUUAGCGGCAACAACAAUAGUAUCAAAAUCAACAUCAUCCCCCAAAUCAGUUUUAAUAACAACAAUAGCAGCGAGAUUCUAGGCAAAACAUGAACCAAAAUCAAUUCUAAAGACAUGAUCCUUUGAUGGAUAUGAAUGCAGCAUAAGAUGUAAAUUAUCGCCGGGAUGAUAGGCAACUCAAUGAUUAUCUUUAAGAAGAGGUAAAAAGGGUAAAGUAACCUAUGACAAAAAUAGUUAUGAAAAAUGAAUUAAUACCAAAUUAAGGCAAUACUUAAGAUCUUAACUUUGAUCCUUAUGGAGAAUAGAACUAGAAUAUUGAAUUUGGAUCAAAAACUGAAAGAGAAAUCUUAGAUUAAUUUGAUGAUUUAACAAUUUAAUCCUCUCAAAUUGGAGAAAAAGACGAUGAAACUAGAAUUGUAAAAAAUGAAACAGGAAGCAUAAGUGCACAACUAAAUCUUUCUUCUAUUCCUUUGAAGUUAGUUGUAUACAUGUAAAGGACUACUUAAAAACCAUUAUUAAGGACAGGUGCAUCAAUGAUUGAAAAAACAGAGUAUUAUAAUGUUGUAAAAAACUACGUCAUAUAUUACUAGAUGUUUUUCAAUGAAAAUAGAAAUGAAAGAAUGACAUUUGUUCAGAUAAUUUCAAGUCGCAAAAUGCCUAAGAAAAAUGCAUAAACUAAAAUAGUUGAAUGGUUAAAGCUAUUCGCUAAAUUAAAUGAUGUUUUUGGAGGCUAUAGUUAUAAUAUGAAAAAACAGAGAUUGUCCUGCAUUUUAGUGAUGUCCUUCAAGAAUUAUUAGGAUUUAAGAAAGUUGCAAGAAAGCGAUGGUAAAAUCGCUGAAUUCGACCUUAUAGAUCUCAAUCUAGAUAUUUAUAAUGAUGACCAAGUGCUCAAAGAGUGGGAAGCCUCUGAAGAAUUUAUAUUUUGA